AUGGAACGAAACCAACUCAGUCGGGCACGAGCAGCGUUGAAGGCGCGGUUACCAUAUUUAGAAAAGGCAAUUGAAGAAGGAAAGUUAAAUCCGGACGAGAUACCAAGUCGCCUCGAACGUAUAACUCAUCAAGUAGAURCAUACGAACAAUUACAUCAGGAAUGUAUAGAUAGUUUUACGGGAAGAAGAGCCAUUCCGUCCCACGUGUAUUCAGAUAACGGUACUAACUUUGUUGGGGCGAACAAUCAAUUAAAGAAUUUAUAUGCCUUAAUCAAUUCCGACGAAUAUAGGACGAAGAUCCACAAUUUCGCGACCGACCAAAGAAUAUCGUGGCAUUUCAACCCCCCACUCUCACCCAACUUCGGAGAUCUAUGGGAAGCUGCCGUCAAAUCGUUCAAACAUCAUUUUAAACGAGUUGUAGGAGAAACUUUAUUCACAUACGAAGAGUUGAAUACCUUCGCUGUCGAGAUUGAAGCCAUCUUGAACUCGCGACCAUUGUGCCCCAUCUCAUCAGAUCCAAACGAUACGACAGCACUAACACCUGCUCAUUUUUUAGUUGGACAACUACUUAAUAUGUUACCGGAGGAAAAUUAUGAGAAUGUUCCAUCCAAUCGGCUAUCCUCAUGGAAACACAUCACGAAGGUGCGGCAGGAUUUCUGA